CGGCCUCGGGAAUGCUAUUCGACGCAAUCUAGAAUUCUUCGUCCCUUGUGGCGUUCACCCGGGCUGAAUUGAGCAAGUGCUUGACAUAAAAUCCAGAACCUAAAGACGGAAUAGAGGCCAUUCUCGUGGCACCAAACGGCAUGAGCCGCAGUCGCCUGUUCCCGCAGCCUCUUCUCUAUCAACCCCAAGCUCCCCCCCUAAACCGAAUUCCCAACCUGCACCUGCAAUGAUCCAAGAUGCCUGGCAAGUACUCCCACAGCGUGGUGCUGGCCACCUACUCGAGUCGCCGCAUCAGCAGCGAUGUCACCGAACCGCACCGGAAUCGCUCUCGGGCAGAUGUGCCUCAACAAGCCGAAAGAUCAACUCACGUUUCAGCAAGCAAAGCCGCGAACCAACCACUGAGGUCUAGAGAACAACCGGUCGACCGUUCUACCGUUCGAGCGUCAACAUCGUCGCCUCACCGUCCCCGGUCAACUCAAAAAGGACAAUGCAUCUACAGCCACGCAAGUGAUGUGACAAGAAAUCAUGCCGCGAUUCACGGCCAACAGACAGAAAAUAACAAACACAACCCUGUGCCUCCUGCAUUUCAAUCACACACCAAAGCAAAACCAAUCAAACAACCACAGACCAGAGAAAACCAUCUGACCGAUCCCUACGAAGGUUAUAUGCAACGGAUGUCCCGCGUCGACAUUCGCCCUGCAGAGAGGUUGCAAUGGACGAAUUCCCAAGCUGCGACUGAACACAAGACAAACACAGAUAGGUGGCAAGUCGAGAGGCUUGCGGCUGCAACUGAGAGGCAGCGUCGAGAACCACCUCUGCGAGGAACCCAACCGUCUCGACCUGUUUCAAAUGUCGUUCCCAGCCGGCUCUUUUCUGUGCAGCAGUUCCUUGACAUGUCGCCACGCAUUGACAGGCCUCUCAUGAGCUCUCCAUCACCAACUCACCUUCAGCAAUCUACGCCAUCGCCUAGGCAUCGGAAAAGUUCCACAAGCUUUAUUGAUUCUUCUGAUGAUGAGGAAUCCAGUCCUUCUGACUGGAUCUCACGUGGCAAUCCCUAUAGACCAGCCACCCAAUCAGCACCAGAAGGGAACAUCGAUCGGACAAGACCAACAACUCCAGCAAAGGCUAAACCGGUCCAGAAAGCUGAUGUGACCAAGGACCUACCAUCUAUUCCCUCGGCGGAAAGUACCCUGGAUGAAGAGCGUCGUCAGUCACGCGGGUCUUCUCACAACUCACCCGAGAGAAGGCAUGCUAGACAGGGCUCGGCGGAUCUCGAAGAGAACAACAUAGGAUUACCUCUCCAGAGGUACUCACCACUUCGCCAAAGUCCUAGCCUACAAUUUGUGUACUCCAGUCACGUCUCGAUUGAACCCAACACAGGAGACGAUGAUGAACUCGAAUCCUCGCCGGGUGUCAAGUCACCCGAGUCGCCUGAUAAACUCCACAAGUCUCCAUCGAUGACUGAUGGAGUAGACACUGAUUCGAACGGAUCUGGGUCAAGGGAAACUGUUCAAGCCCGUCGUCGUUACUAUCGUUCAAUGGGCCAUGAGAUUCCGAGCACCAGCACCUGGCUUCAGCUAGCACCAAGGAACUCUUCAUCAGGUCGAUCAUCGCUAGAAGACUUGUCAAGGAUCUCCCCCACAACUUCAGAUGCAAGCGUCGCCACGAAAUCUCGUCGCCCUGGGAUAUCAUCUUCUAGCUCAUACUCUGAAAGGAACCCACGGACCCCAACUUCGCCCGUCUCGCCGAUUCGCUCUGAAUCUGCCCCGCCGAGAUUGAGCGAAGACCAGGGAAGAAACAUUCUCACUGACAUGCACCGAUUGUCCAACCGACCUGUGAACCCAAUGCCCAAUUUUGGUAUCCCUUCGGUCGCGCGGUCGCCCAAGAUAUCUCCUCCCUGCAGCCCUAUCAAGCCGCACCCUCCACUUAGCCCAUCGAAACUCAAGCAAGCGAGGUCCUCGAGAUUCAAGCAGCACACACCAUCACCCCCGCUGCCAUGCAUCACCGAAGCCAUUUCCGAGACCGCCCCAGCGGACCCAGACACCUACAAAUUACCAGAGCCGAGUCCAUUGAGCUCCAUCGGCUCGAGCAAGGAGAAUUUGUCCGACAGUUCAAACGACUUGGAAAAGGGUGAGCAUGAAGUGCCGGUUGCAGUAGAGCUCGAUGCAACCGAAACCGAGAUUCGUUCGCCAAAGCAAUCCGACACUGACACUGUGUCGAUUCUCCCCCAAACGGGACUGGAUGCCUGUUCCCCAACCAGUCCAAGCGAAGUGUCUCCCAUCGCAGGCCGCAUCCACCCGGCUUUUUUGCACAUUGAUGAGUCCUCAGGCUCCGAUUCGUCUGAUCAAGAAGAAGACGAGAUUGCGUGUCCACCCGACAUCCGGCGAUAUAGGUAUUUCCAAAUGCCUACUGUCGGCACCAUGAUGGACCUAGAUGAGGAGCCUACGACAAGGCCAUCGUCAUCGUCAUCGUCAACAGAAGCAGCAACACCACCAUCCGUGCCAUUUCGUCGACCAGUAGCGUCGUCCUUGGCAAGAUACAAACCAGAGACGCGACGGGCGAAUGACAACGACGACAGAAUGCAGUCGUUGAUGAGUUCUCUACACUCAGGUCCACAGAUCACUCCAAGCCAAGUCGUUCGCAGAAAGACUGCAGUGGAGAGAUUGGAGGAGAUGAUCCGACAGACAGAGGCCGAGGCCGCAGAGAGGAAAAGGAAGAAGGGCGUUAUGGGUUUGGUGAGGCUGCUUGCCCGGUAAUUGGAUACCCAACUGGGUCACUCCGGAAGGAUUCUCGUCAUGGAUGGAUCAGUAUGAGUUACGUUUACAAUGUGCAGUGAUUAAGCCAAACAAUUGUAUGGGUAUAUAACGGGGUUGAUAUCGGAUCGAUCCCAAGCUGGCAACAGCAAGAUAUUUGUAAUAAAGGACUAAAAAGGACCCAAACAGUCAAAACGAUCAUCCAAGAUUAUCC